CUACCUAAAGGGGGAAACCGGCAGUAUCACACACAACAGUAGAAAAGGAGGAUCUAUUCUUGCGUAAAAAGAACUAUUGUGUAUUUUUGAGAACUAAACUAUAGAGGUCUUUCUGCAUGUUUUCAUAGUGGUGUGUCUCUGUAUGAGAGAGAUCCAAUUCUGUGUGAGCCAUACUGUGCCACAUUGGCAAAAAGUCCGACCGGCCGGUUAGUGUUGAACUUAGUGGAAGGGGGAGUGUUUGUUAAUCUUGUCAUCAGAGUGAGAUAACAUCGGACUUAAUUAAGUGAGUGACUGGACUUCUGGGCUUAAUUGGCAACCUUAAUGGCAGGUAAUAACUUUAAAUCUCAUGAUCGGAUACGACCCCUGUAUGAAUAAAUAAAUAGGAAACAUUUCCCGUGAGAUUUGAACCCGCCCCACAGCCACCAUGGUCAUCCUCGUAAAGGGAGACUUUGUGUGGCUUGAAGACCCUAGGAAAGAUUCAUUGAAGAAGGUCCCUAUCGGAGCAGAGGUCAAGAUCGCUGAUUCUGGUCAACUGCAACUGACCGACGAUGAAGGGAAGGAGCAUUGGUUGUCGGAAAAGGUGGCGCAGAAGCUGCAUACUAUGCACGUAUCCUCCAUCAAGGGCGUGGAGGAUAUGAUUCUGCUAGGUGACCUUCAUGAGGCUGGCAUCCUGAGGAAUCUACUAGAGAGAUACAAGGCCAACUUCAUCUAUACAUACACUGGAACCAUCCUUGUAGCUGUCAAUCCCUACCAAGUCCUCCCCAUCUACAUGAGGGAACAGAUUGAAGCGUACAGAGAUAAAAGGAUAGGGGAACUACCCCCUCACAUCUUCGCCAUCGCGGACAACGCUUACUAUCGUAUGUUACGUGGGCUCAAGAAUCAAUGCGUUAUAAUCAGUGGUGAAAGUGGAGCAGGAAAGACGGAGAGUGCUAAGCUGAUCUUACAGUUCUUGGCAGCAGUGAGUGGUCAACAUUCAUGGAUUGAACAACAGAUUAUUGAAUCUAAUCCUAUUAUGGAAGCCUUUGGAAAUGCCAAGACAAUCAGGAAUGACAACUCAAGUCGAUUUGGAAAGUACAUUGACAUUCACUUUCAGGAGAGGGGGGUCAUUGAGGGGGCCAAGAUUGACCAGUACCUGCUGGAGAAGUCCAGGCUUGUUAGUCAGCUUAGUGAUGAGAGAAACUACCACAUCUUCUACUGUUUGAUGUCUGGUAUGCCUGACCAGGAGAAGAAGGAAUUGGAACUCACCAAUGCAAAGGAUUACUACUACCUCACUCAGGGUGACUGCAUCGAAUGUCCUGGGAGGAACGACCGUGAGGACUUCUCCACCAUCCGAGCGGCCAUGAAGGUCCUGAACUUCACUGAUGAUGAGAUCUGGGAUAUCUUCAAGCUCUUGGCCUCUAUCCUCCACCUGGGGAACAUCAAGUACACAGCCAUUGAGAAGUCCAACCUGGAUGCAACGGGUUUCAAAGACCACUCUCAGACUGCCAAGGUGGCCAAACUCCUAGCUGUCAACCAAAAAGCCCUGGAAGAAGUGCUGACCACCAAGUCCACCACAGCAUCCGGCGAGGUCAUCAUCUCGCCGGUCAGUCAUGCCAAGGCCAUCGACAUGAGGGAUGCCUUCGUCAAGGCCAUCUACGGCCGGCUCUUUAUCUGGAUUGUUAACAAACUCAACGUGGCCACCUUCAAGGAGCAUGACAGGAGUACAGGGAAGAGGAUCAGCAUCGGACUCCUCGACAUCUUCGGCUUUGAGAACUUUGGCAAGAACAGCUUUGAACAGAUGUGCAUCAACUACGCAAAUGAGAAUCUGCAGCAGUUCUUCGUCAGGCAUAUAUUCAAGCUUGAGCAGGAGGAGUAUGAUAGAGAAGGAAUCAAGUGGCAGCACAUCAAGUUUGUGGAUAACCAGGAAACCCUAGACCUGAUUGCCGUCAAACCCAUGAACAUCAUUGCCCUGGUCGAUGAGGAGUCUCGCUUCCCAAGGGGAUCUGAUGAGACCAUGCUGGCAAAGCUUAACAAGCAACACUCCAAGAACAAGCUUUACAUCAGUGGAGCCUCUGCCAAGGGUACUCUCUUUGGUAUCAAGCACUUUGCAGGAACAGUCUACUAUGAAGCAACAGGUUUCCUGGACAAGAAUCGUGACACCUUCAGCCCCGACUUCAUCCAGCUGAUCCGCACCAGUCAGAACAAAUACCUCACGACUCUCUUUGCCAAAGACCUCUCGUCCACCACUGAGAUGCGCAAGAAGUCGCCAACGCUCGGAGCACAGUUCAAGAAGUCUCUAGAUCUUCUGAUGACCACUCUGGGACAAUGUCAGCCUUUCUUUGUCCGCUGUAUCAAGCCAAAUGAGCAUAAACAGCCCAAUGACUUUGAGAGAGAACUAGUGGUAAGACAGCUGCGUUACUCUGGCAUGAUGGAAACUAUCAGGAUCCGACGAGCGGGAUACCCCAUCCGUCACACCUUCUCCGAGUUUGUCGACCGCUACCGGAUGUUGGUACCAGGGAUCAAACCAUCCCAAAAGGAAGACUGCAUUGCUGCUUGUAAGAAGAUUGGUAAGGCAUUCCUCGCAGGUGAGGACUGGCAGCUCGGAACCAAGAAAGUCUUCCUCAAGGAUGCACAAGACUUGCACCUUGAGAGCGAGCGAGACAAGGCACUCACCGCACAGUGUGUCAUCAUCCAGAAGGUCUUCCGCGGCUGGUUCUACAGACGGCGUUUCCUGCAGAUGCGCUCAGCUGCCAUCACCAUCAGCAAGGCAUGGCGAAAAUACGCUCAGAGAAUCCGCUACCUCAAGAUGAAGAGAGGAUUUCUCAGACUUCAGGCUGUCCUACGAGCCAGGAUCUUGGCUUACAGAUAUGAGUUUACAAGGAGGAGAAUCAGAGGUUUCCAGGCCCAUGCCAGGGGCUUCUUGAUUCGGCGGACAACCAGGAAAUAUCGCAGUAGCAUCGUCAAAGUCCAGGCAGGAUUCCGCAUGGUGUUAGCCAGGAGAAAGUACAAGAAACUUGUAACAGAGCACCGUCGUCGUGUGGAAGCAGAGAGGGUACGCAAGGAGGAGGAGGAGAAGCUGAAACGAAAGCUGGGAGCUAAGAAGGCUAAGCAAGAGGCUGAAAGAAGGGCUAAGGCUCUUCUCCUGGAGCAAGAGAGGAUGGACAAUGAGCUUGAGGAGCAGGAGAAGCGUCAGAGGAUGGAAAAGGUCUACGCCAUCGAACAGGCAGAAAAACGUCGCAAUCAACCACGGACAGACGUAGAGGUGGUGGAUGAACUCUUCGGAGACAUCGAUGGAAAUGAGGAGACGGGACAGGCACCAAAAGGAUUUGAGGAUCUGGAGAUGUCUCACCAAAAUGCAGUCAUCGCAGGUGAAUUCGACGCCAUGAAGCCUUACGUGCCGGAUAACGACGAAGACAUCUCGGAGUAUCGGUUUGAGAAAUUCGCUGCAACAUACUUUGAGGCUGGGCACACGAAGUUUCACAUACGCAAACCCAUUCAUGAGCCGCUGCUGGAUCUGAAGAAUGAGAAUGAUCGACAGGCUGCCCUAGCUGUUUGGAUCAUGAUCUUGAGGUUUAUGGGUGAUCUUCCAGAGCCAAAGGCAUCUGCUUCAAUGGCUGACAGGGAUGGCAAGUCUGUGAUGACCAAGAUCUACAACACUUUAGGAAGGUCGAAGGGCAAACAAACAGCUGAACAGAUGAUGAUUGGAGAUGACAUGAUUCCUAAUGAUGUGCCUAACUCUGGGACCACUGGUCGCAACAAGAACACGAUGAGACGUAAGCUGGUUUCCAUGACACUCAAGAGGAAGUCCAAGAUCAGCCAGGAGAUGGCCCAGAGGAUUCAAGAUGGAAACGAGAAUGACGUCGGUAACAGUAUGCUGAUUGAUAGACCGACCUCUAACCUGGAGAAACUUCACUUCAUCACAGGCCAUGGGCUCCUCCGUCCAGAGCUCAGGGAUGAGAUCUACUGCAUGAUCUGUAAACAGCUGACCAACAACCCUUCUCAGACCAGUCUACCUCGUGGUUGGAUCCUCCUCUCCCUCUGUGUGGGAUGUUUCGCCCCAACCGAUAGGUUUGUGAAGUACCUGCGCUGUUUCAUCAUGACUGAAGGACCACCUGGGUAUGCAGCCUACUGUGAGGAGAGACUAAGGAGAACCCUAGCCAAUGGCACCAGGAGUCAACCACCCAGCUGGCUCGAACUUCAGGCUACCAAGACCAAGAACCCCCUGAUGUUACCCAUCACGUUCAUGGACGGAACAACCCGUACCCUACUGGCUGACUCUGCUACCACCGCCAGGGAACUCUGUCAGCUCCUAGCCCAGAAGAUUGGAUUGAAAGACCAGUUUGGCUUCUCCCUUUACAUCGCUCUCUUUGAGAAGGUAUCUUCGCUUGGUAGCGGGGGAGACCAUGUUAUGGAUGCUAUCUCGCAGUGUGAGCAGUACGCCAAAGAGAAGGGAGCGCAGGAGAGGAACGCUCCCUGGAGACUCUUCUUCAGGAAGGAGAUAUUUGCCCCCUGGCAUGACCCCACGGCUGACCCCGUCGGUACCAAUCUGAUCUACCAGCAGAUCGUGAGGGGCGUCAAAUUUGGAGAGUACCGGUGUGAUAAGGAUGAAGACUUAGCAGCCAUUGCCGCUCAGCAAUACUAUGUGGAAUACAAGAGUGAUAUGUCGUACGAGCGCCUGCUGAAGCUGAUCCCAUCCUACAUACCGGAUAACGCCAUGACAGGAGCCAAGACAGCUGAGAGAUGGGCUGGAAUGAUCAGCAGACAACACACAAGUAGCUACUACGUCAAAGACCAAGAGAACCCAGUCCGAGUCAAGGAGGACGUGGUGAGGUACGCCCAGCUUCGAUGGCCGCUUCUCUUCUCACGCUUCUACGAGGCUUACAAGUUCUCCGGUCCAAGCCUGCCCAAGAACGAGGUCAUCAUCGCGGUCAACUGGACCGGAGUGUACGUGGUCGACGACCUCGAGCAAGUUCUCUUGGAGCUGUCCUUCCCGGAGAUCACACAAGUGUCAAGCAGCAGAACGGGUAAGUUGCAUGGCCAGAGUUUCACCCUUCUGACGGUGAAAGGCGAAGAAUUCACCUUCACAUCGUCCAACGCUGAAGACAUCAGGGAUCUCAUCGUCUACUUCCUGGACGGACUCAAGAAGAGAUCCAGAUACGUGGUGGCGCUUCAGGACUGUCCAAAGCAUAGUCAAGGGUCAUCUUAUCUGAGUUUCCAGCGUGGAGAUCUGAUUGUCCUGGAGCAAGAGAAUGGUGACCAGGGGAUGAACCAAGGAUGGUGUUAUGGUCAGAAUGACCGCACAGGACAGAAGGGGGACUUCCCUUCAGAUUGCGUCUAUGUGAUGCCAACCAAGACCAAACCACCCAAUGAGGUUGUGGCUUUGUUCACAAUGCACCCUGCGGAGAUGGCUGACCGAACCAUUGGACCUGCUGAUAUUGCCAUGAGUCAGGAUAUACCAAACAAACAACAUACACUGGAAGAAUUCUCCAUUGAUCAUUUCAGAGCUCCACCCAAGCGUACCAUAGGGAAGGCCAUGCGUCGUACCAGGGAGACCAUCUGGAACCAUGCCAAGGAACCCAUUAGACAGCCUCUUCUAAAGAAACUCCUUCAAAACUCAGAAGUCUCCAUGGAAGCUUGCAGAGUCUUUGAAGCUAUUUUGAGAUAUAUGGGGGAUUUCCCUGGCAAGAGGAUUACCCGACAUGGCAACGACCUGACGGACAGGAUCUAUGAGCCAGCGCUGAAGACGGAGCCUCUCAAGGAUGAGGUUUACUGUCAGAUCAUCAAACAACUCACGGAUAACAGGAAUGGACUGAGCAAUGAACGUGGCUGGGAGCUGAUGUGGCUCCUGACCGGUAUCUUCGCCUGCAGUCAGACCAUGCUACCGGAGGUCACCAAGUUCCUACGCUCGGCUCGCCACCAGCUGGCCCUCAACUGCCUCAACCGGCUGCAGAAGACGAUGAGGUUCGGCCAGCGCAAGUACCCUCCUCAUCUGGUGGAGGUCGAGGCUAUUCAGCACAAGACCACUCAGAUCUUCCACAAAGUCUACUUCCCUGAUGAUACCGAUGAGGCCUUUGAGGUAGACUCUGGAACCAGGGCCAAGGACUUCUGCCGUAGCAUCAGUACGAGAUUGAGACUUGUCUCACCAGAAGGGUUCAGUCUCUUUGUCAAGAUUGUUGAUAAAGUGAUCAGCGUACCUGAAGGAGAUUUCUUCUUUGAUUUUGUCCGCCAUCUGACGGACUGGAUCCGUAAAGCAAGGCCAAACCGAGAUGGUGGUGUGCCUCUGACAUACCAAGUGUUCUUCAUGAAGAAACUCUGGACCAACACUGUCCCUGGCAAGGACCGCAAUGCCGACAUCAUUUUCCACUACCACCAGGAGUUGCCCAAGUUGCUGCGUGGCUACCACAAGUGCGGCAAGGAGGAGGCAGCACAAUUGGCGGCGCUCCAGUACCGGGUCCGCUUCGACAAUGACAAGACGGAGUUCCAAAGCAUCCCGCGUCUCCUGAAGGAAUUGGUUCCAGCCGACCUACAGAGGGUGCAAUCACCAGAGGAAUGGAAGAGGACCAUCAUUGGAGCUUACAACAAGCAUGCCGGGAAGUCACAGGACGAUGCCAAGAUAGCCUUCCUCAAGAUCAUCUACAGAUGGCAGACUUUUGGAUCAGCCUUCUUUGAAGUCAGGCAAACAUCAGCCAAUCAUCUUCCAGAUAUCCUGCUGAUUGCCAUUAACAAACAUGGAGUCAAUCUUAUUGAUCCAAGAAACAAGGAACCAUUGGCAACUUAUCCAUUCACUAAGAUUUCCAACUGGAGCUCCGGUAACACCUACUUCCACAUGACCAUCGGCAAUCUGGUCGGUGGUACCAAGCUUCUCUGUGAAACCUCUCUGGGCUACAAGAUGGAUGACCUCCUGACCUCUUACAUCAGCCAGAUGCUGACCAACAUGAACAAACAACAUGUGAGGUGAGCAGACGGUCAGGAAUGGUCAACGAUUGGUCAAGGUCCAUCAACUUGGUUAACAUUUUCAUAGGCACAUUCUGAAUAAUUGACAGUAAGGUCAUGGUAGUGAUGGAAAAUAGCUGAGAUUUAUCCGGGCAAGUCAGUUGGUGUCCUAUACAUUACCUAGUAUUGUGUACAUCUGAAUAUAAAUGGAAAUCAAAUGUGUCUUUUCACUGCAUAUUUGGUCUGGUCUGUAAACGCAAUGCGCUGAUCAGAUGUAAUGAAAUCGUAGUUGUGGUCAAAAUAGCUGGGACCAGUUAUCAGUUUAUCAGAUCAGUGUAUGUUGCUCGGCAUUAAAGCUGAAAAGAGGCAGACAUACCAUAAAAAGCCAUUUCUUCUCAUAUGUUGUAGAUGUAAGACUACCGUUAAUACUCUAUAUUGAUUGUACAUAAUAGAAAACAAAUCUGCUUCACUCAAUGUACUUCUUCAUUUCACAAACUUCUGCUUCUGUUUAUAGAAUGCUUCUUAACUAAUUUAAUGUAUUCUGAGGGACUAAUAUUAUUUUAGUCGAAGUAUAUUAUUAUUUCUCAGAUUUGUUGUAAGUAUAAGGCCCAUAGAUCACGUGAUUGUAAAUUUCUAUUUCAUUUGCACAAUUUUGCAAAGAAUUUUGUAUUUGUAAUUUUGCGCACUUUUGAUCAUGAAUAGUUUUAUAUGUGAAAUAUAUUCAUGUGGAGAAAGUUAUAUUAACAUUGAGAAAGUAUUAUGAUUAGUUCAAAUAGGAGAUAUAAUAGAAACUGUAAUAUCCAUGAUAAUCUGAUAUUACAUAAAGGAUUUUAUUACUGAAAAGACAUAAAGGCAACCUUAUUUUGAAAGCUAUUUUCACAGAGUAUUCUGUAUUAACUAAUUGCAUAUAAUUUACCAUUUCAACAGCAGUUUUAAAAUGUGGGAAUGAUACAAAUGAAAUGAUAAAUAGCUCAUUGAACAUUUUAAAUGACAGCUAAAUAUUUUAUAUUUAUUAUAACUGUACUCACUUACAGCACUGAAACUGACACCUAAUACUCUCAACAAUGAAUAAUGGAAAACUUAUAGCAUUGUACUAAUAUUUGCAUGUUGUAUCGUACUUAUAUGUUGAAAUAUGCUUCUUUAAAAGUAUACAUGUAAACCGUGAUAAACUGAUAAUAUUGUAAGUAGUACUGCGUUACAUCAUUGACAUAUUACCAAGGCCUUCUUUAUUCCUAAACAAAUCAGUCUGUCUAAUCAUGCAAUAACAUUUUCAAGAUUCAAAUAUUCAAAAUAUUGUACUCAGAAUAUUGCAAAAAUGACCUUAAAAGUUUAUACCUUGCAUUUACUCAUGUGUCUUUCAUCAAAACGCUGCCUUGAUUUUAAGAUGAGAUAUCUUCCAGCUUUGUAUGUGUCAAAUUUAUGAGAAUUAAUUUAUAUAUUCUUUGUAUUGAAAUGGACCAAUAUAACUACAUUCAUAUAUAUAUGUGAUAAUAAUUUAUUGAUUGGUGAAAUUUGUCUACAAUAUUCAUAAUUACAGCUAAAAGGUGAUACAGUUUGAAUUUUAAAGAUUAAAAGUACAUGCACAUAUAAAGAAAGAGUUCUGUUGUCAGCUGCAUAUAAGAAGGGCUUUGACUUUGUGUUAAAAGACCUUUUAUGCCCAUCUCAUUCAGAGGAUGAUAGUAUAGGUGGUAUUAUAUCAUCUAAUUAGAGCAAAAAGGACAUCUCUUAUACUUCAACACAGACUGAAUGCUCUUUUAGCUCACCACAGACAAUAUAUACCGGUUGAAAUAGGAUUUCAUUUACCGUUAUCUUUAUCACUUAUCAUUAACUAACACAAAGUUGCCUGGACGGUAGACUCGUUGGACUGUAAAAGCAUGUGUUUUUUCAAAUGUUAUUGUUUUUCAUGUGUGUCAAAUUGCCAUGGUCCAUUGUGAAUGUGAUGUAGUCACGCCCUUGCUGAAAACGCUUCAUGUCUCCAUAGAAACACAGAGCGUUGUCAUAGCAGGUCAAAGGUCAAAGGUAAUGAGAAACACCAGACUAAACAUGAUAUGAUAUAAUUCAUCAUGCUAUUAUAAGCAUACUGACAAACUCGAAAUUUUUGCUUCAAGGAAUAUUCACAAAUUUUGUCAGUGUUUAAGAUUUGGGAAUGUUUCCUUUUGUGAUAUAUUGACACAACAACUGAGAUUUGGUGAUUUGUAGUGAUAAUCUCUAUUGUUUGCAAUUAGCAAAAGUUUCAUGUUGCGAAAGUGACUUGUCUUAAAUUUCUCACUUAGGUUUAUUCUGGAAAAAAAAUUAUAAUCACCUUGGCCAAGAUAUGUGCACGGUAUUCAUUAUAUUUUAAAUUUCUCACUUCGGUUUAUUCCGUGAAAACAUUUACAAUCAUCUUCGCCAAGAUUUGUAUAUGGUAUUUUUUAUGUUUUUAAUUAAUAUCAGGGAAAUGAUAAAGAGAUGAAUUGAGGACGUAUCCUUGAAUAACAUCAUCGGUGAGAAAUGAAUGAAAUGUAUACCUUCUACUGAGAGCCAGGAGGGCAUUAAGUCAAAAUCGUACCUACACAUGGAGUGAAUACCUACUUGCUCUUAGCAUACAUUUAUUCACUUUACAUUUACAUGAUUGUAUGUUUACCAGGAUGAAAAUAUUGAUGCACCAAGACUGUUGGUGAAAAAUUCAAUGGUGAUUUGUAUAUUCUUUGCUAUUUAUAUUUGUAUGGCUCGUACAGAUAUGACGCGGUAAGCCAACUGCGAAAAAUGCCAAUGUUUUUUAUGUGUAUGUUAUGGGCGCAACAAAUGUCCUACGUGUACUCACUUUAUAGCUCUGUGUUAUGAGAUGCAGUAAUGUGACAUGUAUUGCGCUUUACGUUGUAUCUGAACAUUGUGUACGGUAGUCGUAACACAAAACACAAAGACUUCAUAGACUAUUUAAAUUGGAGUUGCGGUUUAUGCACAUUUCAUUGCUCACUUCUUCACAAAUUAUUUUAUCAGCUGCGAUUAUAUAUGUUGAAAGAUUUGUAUAUUCAGAUUUGCAAUACUAAUAGCAUUUGUUUUGAGAGUAUGAAGUUAUAUCUCCAAUUCUCUUUUAUUAGUAGACAGGUUUAGAUGAAAGUUAGAAGUUAUGAAGUUGUGUCAAUAGUUAUAGAAAUAGAGAAACUCCAAGAAUUUCUUUAAAGAUCAUUUUCUAGAUUAUCCAUGGCUUUAGGGUACAAGUCUUUAACUUUUCACAUGUUACAAACAAAAUAGAUAUGAAUUUCUCAACAUGUUGGAUGUAUUAUAAUUUCAUUGCUGAAUAUUUCAAGAUAUGUACACAGAUGUUGUCAUGCAAAACCAGUACUUAAUAUUGUAUUUAUAUGACAUUGCUGUUCCCUCUGUAUAGGUUAUAGAUAUUUCGAUUCGAUACAUGGUUGUACAUAUUAUAAUUGAAGAAUGAGCUGAUAGAAUAGAAAGGGAUGACAUUUUCAAUUCCUGAAGUUUAUUUGCCUAUUGAAACAUCACAUUUAAAGAUCCUCAUUUGAAUUCUGAUGUACAUUAGCAUUUUUGUUUUUGCUUUGUUAUAAGUAUAAUUAUGUCUUUAGCUUGUGUAUCUGACUGAAGGGAAAUUAAAGAUAGUCAAAUAUAAUAGCAACCUUUUAAAGUUAUAAAUUAGUUCUAAUGCACUAGUAGAUGUAUUCAGUAAUAUACUAAAUGUCUUUCAAACUAUUAAGUGCUCUAAAUUCACAGAAUCUUAACAAACACAGAAUAUUCUUUAUAGUUAUCAUUUAAAAAGAGGUAACAUAGCUUCCUAACACACAGGUAUAUGUAUAUAAGAACCUGAUAUUCAUUUCAGUAUUUAGAAAUCAUGACUUUAUUGCAAUGACAUAUAAAAUAUCUUUAGCUAGAUGGAGUAUUCGUUUGUAGUAAAGAAGAAAAAAUGGAAUUUCUGUAAAUUCAGAAUUACUACAAGUGUCUGUAAGGCCUGGUAUUAUACUGAUGCAGGGCCAAAGUAUGUUUUAUAUUCCUUUAAUUAUGAUUAUCAAUCUAUUCCUUUACUUUAUGUUAUUGUUAUUAAUAUCAUAAAUUAUUGUAGUGGUGGAGUGUAUAGCUUACUGGCUGAUUGAAUAGUCUGAUCUAGAUCUACUAAUAUACUUUUGGAGUAUAUAUAUCUCUAUUGUGUCAAAUCUAUUAAACUACUUAAUAUAAUGUAAUGUUAUAGCUGUUCAAUUGAAUAUGGCAUCUAAUGUGUCGAAAUGGCAUAUGCCAAAAGAAUAUGAAUAUUGAGUUGUAUAAUAUUUUAUGUUGUUAGCUAGACUAUUUAUAUGUAUUCAAGGAUUCAGGUUAUAGUGUUUAAGGCAUUGUCCAUUGUAAUAGGUUUCUACACGAUCGCAAAGACUUUCUAGAAAUCAACCUGCGGGGAUUUUCUUUACCCUAUGUGUAUUGGCCAUUCAAAUCAUGUUCGGAUGACAUAAUACGUCUUCUUUCCACGUUUCAAUGGAUGAUGCCCAAGGCUAUUGAAAAAUUGGCUUACAUUGAUUACUUGAAAGACUUUGCAAUCAUUUUUCUUGCAUUGAUGAUAAUAUUGAGGUAUUCAAUUGAAGAGAAGAGUUGAAAAUGUUCACACAAUGACAAUUCAGAGCCCAGAAAUGAAAUUUGCGAUUGUACUACUUAAAAUUGUCAGCUCCAAAUAAACUGUACUUACAUUUAAA